ACUCAGCAGAGGUCUGCGCUGCUCAACUCUCAAAAUGCCUGCGUUACUCAGGCUGCUGCUCUUCCUGCUGUAAGUGCUGGACUAGGACAUAAACAUGUUCAACAGCACACACCUCAGCCUUAGCAAAAGAGGAGGCAUCUGGGUAAGUUUGGCAAUUAUUUACUUCACAGACAGAACUCACCCUUAACUUUAACACAAGGACUUUUUAAAUUGUUAAGGCAGAGACAUGAGUAGGCCCUUCUUCGGUUUUAUUCUCGUAUCCUUUUUAAGAGACUAAAGCAACUGGGAAAAAAAAAACUUAAAAACACAAAAUCUUUUGUACUGAUAGACUGAAGUGUUCAUCAAAAUGCAAGUAAAGAGCAAUGAUUCAAGCAGUUCAUAUCAUUGUCAGGAUUUUGAAAAACCCUGCAACUGCUCGUAUACUAAUAGCACUGUAAAUACCUCUGUGACGCUAAAUAUCAUUAUUACAGCAAAUCUGAUCCAAUUAUGUUACUCUUUGAUUUAACUUAAUCAUCUUUAAUUAUCUUGUAUUACAGGGAUUUUGCAUCCUCUUGCUUUACACCAGCCCUCUCUCCUGUUUUGCAAAUUUCAGCCAAGCAAAAGAGCUCAUCUAUAAGAUAAAGGAGGGAUUACCGAGAGGGACCUUCAUAGGGGCCAUUGGAGUAGACCUCAAUUUGGAUUUUACUGUCGAGCCCCCCUUUAUUUUCAAUCUGCCACAAAAGAAGGUCAGUGAUCAGUAUGUGAACCUGAAUAAUACCACCGGGGAGCUUUACACAUCUGCCACUGAAAUCGACAGGGAGACGCUCUGUCCUGAUAACACUGGGGGAAGGGGAUGUCUCCUCUCACUGGACGUGUUUAUUUUGCCUCAGCAGUACUUCCAGCUCAUCAAAGUUAAGAUCUACAUCGAGGAUGUCAAUGACAACAGGCCAAAGUUCCCUGUGGAUGAAAUCUGUAUGUCUAUUCCAGAAAACACCCUAAUCAAUGCUCGUUACGCUGUGGAGCACUCUGCUGUUGAUCCAGACUUGGGUCCACAUGGAGUGCAGACAUACUGGCUUGUUAAUGACUUUGGCAUGUUCACACUGGAUGUUGAAGAGAAUGAGGGGGGUGAGCUGACACCCUUCCUUAUUGUGACCGAGGCUCUGGACAGAGAAACCCAGGCUGAAUACAUCACGGAUAUCAUCGCAGAAGAUGGAGGGACGCCUCCUCUGCUUGGUGCAGCUACUUUAAAAAUUGUAAUCACAGAUGUGAACGAUAACUGCCCCCGAUUCACUGAGUCACAAAUUAAUGUCACUGUACAUGGGAAUACAACCAAAGGGGCACAUUUGGCACGUCUGCAUGCUUUUGACCCUGACCUUGGUGCUAAUGCUCAGAUCAGCUAUGCUUACAGUGAACGUGUGCCAAGGGAGACCAGGAGCUUGUUCCAUUUGGACAGAGUCACAGGGGUGAUCAAGCUAGCGGGGAAAAUAGACACUGGCACCAACACGUUUUACAAACUCACUGUUCUGGCCAACGGACCUGGCUGUAUCCCCGCUGUUGCCACUGUUUCUGUCAAUAUCAUUAAAGUUGUCACAGGACCCCCUGCGGUCAUGCCCAGGUACAUCGCACCAGAAAAGGAUGGGGUGGUGACAAUAAGAGAAUCUGAGCCAGCGUUUUCUCCAAUAGCUUUUUUUACAGUCAAAAACAUUGACACGAACCUAAAGGUGGACUGUCAUUUGGAAGGGACUGGUCCAUUCAGGCUCGUCCCCUACCAGCUCUUCAAGAACGAAUACCUACUGGAGACUACAGAGCCCCUGGAUUAUGAGAAGACACAAGAGUAUGAGCUUAUUGUGGUUGCUAAGAAUCACAAGGAGCUCGUCAUUAAGACCUUUCUGAAGGUCCAGGUGAUGGAUGAGAAUGACAACGCACCAAUGUUUCAACAGUCUUUAGUCCAUCUAACCCUGGAGGAGAACAACUCACCAAAUACCUUUCUCACCCAGCUCCAAGCCUCAGACCCAGACAGCGAAGGCCGUGGUGAAGUCAUCUACCUCCUUGGAGGUGACGCCCCAGGGAUCUUUGUCGUUGAUCGCGUGACUGGUGUCCUGACUGUGACCACAUCUCUGGACCGUGAGGAGAAAGAGACAUACCGGUUCAUUGUGAGAGCUGUGGAUCAAGGUAUACCAAGGAGGGAGUCUAUUGCAACUGUCGUGUUGACUGUGGAAGAUCGUAAUGACAACAGUCCACGCUUUAUCAACAAGGACUUCACGUUCUUUGUGCCAGAGAACUUCCCGGGGUACGGUGAGAUUGGGGUCCUCUCAGUGACAGAUGCUGAUGCUGGGGAGAACGGUUGGGUGGCUCUUUCAAUCCUAAAUGGCAGCGACAUCUUUAUGAUAGACACAGGCCGAGGGGCACUGAGGGCAAAGACUCCUUUAGACCGUGAGCAACAAGGGACAUACCAGCUGUGGAUUGAGGCAAUCGAUGGUGGGGAGCCGGCACUUUCUAGUGUCACAAUGGUGACCGUUCUAUUGUUGGAUGUAAAUGACAACCCGCCUAUUGUCCUCUUUCCCCAGUCUAAUCAGUCCUACAUGCUGGUGCUUCCAAAUACAGUUCCAGGAACAUCAAUCACAGAGGUCUACGCUGUGGAUAAAGAUACAGGAAUGAAUGCUGUGAUCGCUUACAGCAUCAUCAAGAGGAAAGGUGGCGAACCAGGGUCAUUUGCCAUUGACCCCGAAACAGGAAAUAUCACAUUAAAGAGGGAGCUAAGCAACCGGGGUCUUUACAGCCUUCUGGUGAAGGUUAGUGAUCAUGGUCAGCCUGAGCCCCUUUACUCGACAGUCAUGGUUAACUUUUUUGUCAAUGAAACUGUGAGCAACGAGAGCUACAUCCAGAGUCUUCUGACCAGAGGGGCUGAUAUAGAGGUAGAGGAGAGGCCGUGGUAUGUUGGGCAGAUGAAAGAAGGGCCUGAGAGGUAUGAGCUGUUUCCUUGUCAGCCUGUCCUCAUUGCUCUGUCAGUGACAUGUCUGGGGCUUUUCUUCUCCGUUGUCACGUUGACAUCUUACAUAUGUUGUAAGAGAUUUAAAAAGCAGCGAAAGAAAAGAUCUGAAGUGGAAGUACCUUUAAAAAUGAAGAAUGACUCAACACAGGUUGUGAACAAGAGACUCAGGCAGAUCUCAAAUAUAUGAUUUUUCAGCUGUCCACAAAUCCAAAACCAUCACUGUGUUUACAUGAAUGUUUACAAAACUUACUGUGAGAUGUGUAAUUCUUACAUGAAGUUGCUUUUUCUGCCUUUGUCAUUUGAUUGCUAUUACUGCUAUACAUUAUCAUUUUGCAUUCAGGAGGGGCAAACAGAAGCAUUUUUUUGUCUACUUUUUACAUUUAUAAAACAUUACCUAAAGCUCCUGUGAGGAGUUCUGAACUGGUUAUGAUACGGGCUGAAUUCAAUUUUAAUGCCUCUUUGUGUCCUACACAAGCAAAGACAACCAUGACAUGAAGACUGAUUAUUUGUAUUAAGUUAUUUUAUAUGUAUAAGAAUGCUGAAGUCUGUCGGUUUUAGACUCAGUGAUUAACUGCAUGGCCUUUUUUUAUAUUUUCCAAUGACACCAUUCUUGAUAAGUGAUGCAUUUAUUUGACUGUUAAAAUUAAGCAUAAUGAUAAGACUACUUGCACAUGUACAGAUCCAAAUAAGCAAAAAGAUAAAAUCUCUGUUCAUGGGGCAAUGCCAAAAUUUAAACAAACAUAAAAUUCCUUGCAGGAGCUUUAAUUAGAUGUCAAGUAUCUGUAAACCAAAGUUCAAAAUUAUUAUUGAUGUGUCAAAGUAGUAACAGCUUUAUAACAAAGUCCUAAAAGCAACUCAUUGAGAGUUACUUCAUCUAAGGUCCUUGUAAAUACUGUAUAAAUGUUUUACAACUUUAUAUAAAACUUGCACAGAAAGAAAACAAGCAGUUUAAGACACAACAAAAGUUUCAACCUUGAAUAUAUUUUGUAGAAAAUUUGCAUCUCUUUACAAUAUCUGCCAGAAUAGCAAAGAUCACAGAAAAGUGAUCAUCUAGAAUCUAAAUCUGUCUAUAUUUCAAGUAUAUUUUUCGCUAUAUUUACAAAGUAACCACACAUGUCAAAGGGCUUAUUGAAAUGUAGUACAUUAUUUAAAGCAUUGUCAAAUUGUCAUAUUUAGCGAGUUCACAGUGUCAAUACCCAUUCAGUUCUGUUAUUGUGUCGUUGGUUUGCACAAACGCCUUGUGUUCUGUAUGAGGGGCAUGACAAUCCAUUUUAUGAAAUUGAAAACUGAUGACUCGUCUUUCAGAUCUUAACCUCAAGUCCACUUUAUGUUUGCUUCAGAGCUUUCAGCUGCCUCCCACAGUCUUUUGUAGCCCUUUUAGAAUAACAGCGACUCUGAGUGAUGACGUUCAAAGUCUUUGCAUGAUGUCUGACAUCCACGUGUAGUAUCCAAGUGUCCUGCUUUCUGUGAAUGCUUACAGCAGUCAAUGUGAAGCUUUCAAGGCUGUUUUGGUAAAGCAAAAGGCUUUUUUUUUUACUCUUGACAACUAAAAUUUUGUUCAAACAUCCUUGGCAUAGAACUGCUUUUCAAUAUUACCCUCCUUUCAGCAAUCUAGCAAUUCUCAAUGUG